GCAAACGUUUCGUUCAGCUCCACGUUUAAUCGAUUAAAAUGCUUCAUUUAAUCGAUUUUGCCUCGGCUGUGUUCCUUAAUCGAUUAAAUACUUUCUUUUAAUCGAUUAAUAUUCGAUUUAUGCCCUUAUAUCCAGCCCAGGCUUCGUCUUCUUCGCCAUUUUCCUGUUAAGAAAUCAGAAACCCUAACACCUUCCCUUCUCCAAUCUUUCUCAAAUUUCUUCCAUCUUCUCACCAAAUCCCAUCAAUUUCAAAGAGGAAGGAUGCCAAGGUGCAAGAAUGCUUCAUCGCGUCAAGAAUCGGCGGCAGAGGAGAGUGAGAGGCCAUGGCGUCGUGAAGGGAGCAAGUACAUUCACAUUCAAACCGGACUCGCCUUCAACACUGGGGCUUCAGUCGAGAGGUUCCACAACAUCUUCCUCACGAAGGAGAUCGUCUCUCCUAAGAUCGUGAACAAGGACCUCUUCAAAUCGGCGACCUAUGCCCCGAGUAAGUCUCUUCUCCUUCAGCAAG